AUGAAGACAAAUUCUAAAGAACUUGCUUCAGAUUAUAGAAAACUUCUUCAAGAUGGCUAUAAUUCCGAUGUGAUUAUUCGCUUUGACAAAGACGAGAAUUUAAAAGAGCUUUGUGCACAUUCGCUUAUUUUAAGAGAACGCUCUAGGUAUUUUAAUAGGGCUCUUUCCAGUAGUUGGGCUAAGAAAGAAGGAAAAUUUUUCAUUAUUGAAAUGAAAGAUGUGCCAAUAAAUACAUUUAAAGCUGUUUUAAGGUACAUAUAUACUACUGAAAUUUCUUUAGAUGAAUUAAGUGGUGUUGAGAUUUUGGAAUUUUUAGUGGAAACUGAUAGAUUAUUACUUCUUAAUAAAGGAAUUAGUAGCAUAUUUAACAAAGUAUUUUUUUAUGUACAAGAAAAUUUGGAAAAAAUAAUACGAAGUGAUGCAAUUAGAACAUUACAAAUCAUUUUUCAAUAUAAUAAUAUAUUCGAGAAAUUGCAUGAACCAUGCCUUCAACUUAUAUGUACUUAUCCAAAUAUUAUGUUUGAACAUCCCAGAUUUACUCAGAUAGAUUCAAAUAUUCUAACUUUAAUAUUAAAACGUGAUGAUCUAGGAAACCUAAGCGAAAUAAAUAUUUUAAAAUAUUUGAUCCAAUGGGGUUCUGCUACUAUUCAAGAAAAAGAUACAAAUAAUUGGGAAGGAAAUGACUAUAUUACACUUAAAACUGCAAUUAGUGAACUCAUUCCUUUAAUCCGAUGGUUCAAGAUUUCAAGUAUAGAAUUUGGACAAAUUAGACCACUCCUUCAAAAUAUUUUAUCAACGGAUUUGUUUGAUAGUAUUUUAAGCUAUCACUUGGAUCCUAAUUCUCUAUCAGCGAACGCAAGAAUGAAACCACCAAGAUUUGCACCAAAAUUUGUAUCAUUUGAAAAAAUGGAAAUCGAAUGCGAAUCAUUUUUUAGUUCAUAUGAGGAUCUUGUUAAUAUUAAUAAAAGGUUGUUUCAAACGAAUGACCAAUAUGAUGUCAUCAUUCGUGUUAGCAAAGAUAUUGUUAGCAAAAAUUUUUCUUUCAAAGAUUUUUAUGCACAUUCUUUGAUCUUAUGUGCACGUUCCUCUUAUUUCAAAAUGGCUUUAUCUAAAGUUAAAGAAGAUAGUAGUCCUUUUAUUUUUCCAAUUCAAGAUAUUUCUACAGUUGUUUUUAAAGUCAUUUUAAGAUAUUUAUAUACUACUGAAUUUGAUAUUGAAGAAUUGAAUGGUGCCAACAUAUUAAUGCUUAUUGUAGCAGCAAAUAAGAUGGAACUUCAAGUCAUUAUUGAUUAUCUAUUAUUACCUACGAAUUUUGCCAAAACAACAUUAAGAAAGUUGAAUGGCGGUGAAGUUUUAAAACUUUUGAUAAUUAAUGAAUUCAACAUUCAAAAUGCUGUUAAUCAUAUAUUAUCAAAAAAUGACGUUGUAAGGGCUAUCUUAGGAAAAUUGGAUAGUUUAGAAAUAUUAGAAAUUAUAGAAAAGACUGAGGAGUUGCAAAUUCAAGAAACAAUUGCCAAAAUAUUAUCAAAUAAGGAUUUCAUCAAUACUAUCCUAUACAAAUUUAAUGCGUACAGUAUUUUAAAUCUAAUGAGAAUACCGAACAAUAUGAAAUCUAGAAAAGCUAUUGAUGAUAUGUUAGCGAGUGAGGAUUUUAUUCAAAUUAUCCUUGAUAAAUUGAAUAUUGAACAAUUUUUACAAUUUAUGAAAACUGCCAAUGAACUACAAAAUAAAAUAAUUGUUAGUAGUCUAUUUUCAAAGAUAAACUUUAAUCUUAUAGUGAAUAAAUUUCAUGGUGCUGAAAUUUUGCGUAUAUUUAUAGAAGCUAAUGUAUUGAAACUUGAAGAUUUAUUUUCCGACAUGUCAACGUUUAUAGAACAAAAUUUAGAAAAUCUUCUUCAAAAUGACGCAGUUGGUGUAUUAGAAAUUAUUUUUAAACAUGUUAUAUGUAAAUCAUUUCGGGAAUACUGUAUCUAUCUUAUAUGUCUCAAUCCAAAUUCAUUAUUUGAUAACUCAAAAUUGAUUCGAUUAGAUCGUUCCAUUUUAAUUCAUAUAUUGGAACGUGAUGAUAUGGGAAUAUUAAAUGAGAAAAAUAUUUUGGACUAUCUAAUUAAGUGGGGCACUGCACAAAACGAGGAAACCUCUCGAAAGGGCAUGAUGAACUGGACAAGUCGAGAAUUCAAGAUUUUUGAGAAAGCUAUUCAUGAAUUUAUUCCUUUAAUUCGUUGGUUUACGAUACCUGCAAAAGACUUUAAUAAACUUCGCUCUUUUUUAGAAAAUGUCUUAACAGAUAAUUUAUAUCAAAAUAUU